GCGCCCGCGAUGACUGCCACUCUCCGCCCCUACCUGAGUGCCGUGCGGGCCACGCUGCAGGCUGCCCUCUGCCUGGAGAACUUCUCUUCCCAGGUGGUGGAGCGACACAACAAGCCAGAGGUGGAAGUCAGGAGUAGCAAAGAACUCCUCUUGCAACCUGUGACCAUCAGCAGGAAUGAGAAGGAAAAGGUUCUGAUUGAGGGCUCCAUCAACUCUGUCCGAGUCAGCAUCGCUGUGAAACAGGCUGAUGAGAUUGAGAAGAUUUUAUGCCACAAAUUCAUGCGCUUCAUGAUGAUGAGAGCGGAGAACUUCUUUAUCCUUCGAAGGAAGCCAGUGGAGGGGUACGACAUUAGCUUUCUGAUCACCAAUUUCCACACAGAGCAGAUGUACAAACACAAGUUGGUGGACUUCGUGAUCCACUUCAUGGAGGAGAUCGACAAGGAGAUCAGUGAGAUGAAGCUGUCUGUCAACGCCCGAGCACGCAUCGUAGCUGAGGAGUUCCUCAAGAAUUUUUAAACCAUCUGGCUGGAUCACAUGGCCUACCCCCUCAGACUCCCCCAUGUCUCUCUGCAAAGGUGUCCUGGAGUUACUUCCCAGAGUGGCGGUGGCCGCGGCAGCAGCAGCAACAACUGGAGUGGGGAGCUGGGUUGGGGUGGGCAUGAGGGAGGGGGGUGGUGUGCUUGCUAGCUGGGCAAGAAAGCAGCAGCGGACCUGCCCAGGGCCACACUUGCCUGGUCAGGCUGGCUUCUGAUGUUCUGUCCCCUGGGCUGGGACGCGUUUUUUUUUUAACAUCUUGAAACUUAAACUCUGUGCUU